UCCUGGCUCCAGCAGAAAAGCUCUUGCAGGCUUCUAAAGAUUUGCCCUUUCCCUAGAUUUCUCUCUGGCGCGGUUCUCUGCUUGGGCAAGCCACUCGCAGCCUCCAGCCCUCAACCAUCUACAGUGCUGGCUGCAAGUGCCAGGCGGUGGAAGCUAGCGCAGGCCUGGUGUCCUCAAACUCGGAGAAUUGGGGUCCCAUCCUCGGCUCCUGGGCUCCUGCUUCCACUGACUUCACAGGAAAAGCAGGAGAAAGCCAGGCUGUCCUCACCCCGCAGAGCGGCAGGCCCCACGCCCAGGGCACCAGCUGUUGGAGUAAUGUACCCCCAGCGCCAUGUGCUCCAUGCCACCUGGACCAGCACCCGACUGCCCCCUGCCAGCACCCGACUGCCCUCCCAGCACCAGGGGCUCCGUGCCACCUGCACCAGCACUAGGCUCCCCCUCACCCCCAGCGCCAUUGGGUCCGUGCCACCCGCACCAGUACCUGACUCCUCCCCCGCGCCAUCGGCUCUGUGCCACUGGCACUAGCACCCAGCUCCUACCCCCCAGCGCCAUCGGUUCUGUGCUACCAGCAGCAGCCCCUGACUGCCCCCGCCAAGAGCCAUCGGCUCCGUGCCCCUGGCACCAGCACCCAGCUCCCCCCGACCCCCAUGGGCUCCAUGCCACUGGCACCAGCACCCAGCUCCCUCGUCCCCGAGCCAUGUGCUCUGUGCCACCAGCACCAGCACCCGACUGCCCCCCACCCCCAGCGCUAUUGGGUCCGUGCCACCUGCACCAGCACCUGACUACCCCCCCCAAGAGCCAUCAGCUCUGUGCCCCUGGUACCAGCACCCAGCUCCCCUGUCCCCGAGCCAUGUGCUCUGUGCCACCGGCACCAGCACCCCCUUGCUGAGCAGUUCGGAAGUGCCCGGCUCCCUGUAUCCCCCAGGCCAGACACAAGCUGCUGGGAAAGUCACUGACCUCGGCAAGGUCGGGCUGCACAGAAAGCAGGUGCCGUGGCCAGGCGGGCCAGGAUAAAAGCAGUGAGGAGAAGGGAUCCCUCGCAGCCAGUGCCUCGCACCUAGAUCAGGAGCCCCAGCCUGAGCAGAGCCCACUAGGAUCAUGUGGACGCCAAUGCUGCUGGUCGCCAGCCUGCUAUGGGGGGCCCUCGCCUCCCCCGACACCAGCCUCAACGAUGUCCAGCCCCACAACGGCCAGAGCUGCCCGGUGCCCAGGUGGAUCGAGCACGGGCAGGUGGAGCACCUGGCCCGUUACCGGUGCGACCCCUACUACCAACUGCGCAACCGUGGUGACGGCCUGUACCGAUGUAGCCAGCAGCACGUGUGGGUGAACGAAGCAGCUGGAGAAGUGCUGCCCAUCUGUGAGCCAGUGUGUGGGAAGCCCAAGAACCCGGCCAGACAGGUGCAGCGCAUCAUUGGGGGCAUGAUGGCAGCCAAGAACAGCUUCCCCUGGCAGGGCCGGCUGCUGAGCCGCCACAACCACACCGCGGGGGCCACGCUUAUCAGCGACCAGUGGCUGCUGACGACCGGCAGGAACCUCUACCUGGGCCACAGCGAGAACAUCACGCUGGAAGAAAUCGCCCCCACCCUGCGGCUCUUUCUGGGCCAGGAGACGCCCGCCGGGGCUGUCGAGCGCAUUGUCCUGCACCCUGAGUUCCCAGGGGCUGUGGACCUGGCCCUGCUCAAGCUCAAGCACAAGGUGCCCGUUGGGGAGGCCGUGAUGCCCAUCUGCCUGGCCCAGCAGGACUAUGCAAAGGUGGGGCGGGUGGGCUUUGUCUCUGGCUGGGGCUGGACCGUCCUCCUGGAGCACCCAAAGCACCUCAAGUACGUCCUGCUGCCCGUGGCCGACAGCGGCAGCUGCCAGGCGUACUACCAGGCGCACUCCUUGCAGCCACUGCAGAACAACCACACCUUCUGCGUUGGCAUGAGCGAGCUGCGUGAGUCCACCUGCCUCGGGGACGCCGGCAGUGCCUUUGCCAUCCACGACCCCGAGGACGACACCUGGUACGCGGCCGGGAUCCUCAGCUUUGACCGCAGCUGCCUGGCUGCUAGGUACGGCGUCUACGUGCGGGUGCUCAGUGUCUUGGACUGGAUCAAGGAGACCAUGGCUGCACACUGAACCCAGGCUGGACACAGCCCUGAUCAAUAAAACCCUCUCCUCACACCCACCCGUGUCUCCUCUGUUCAGCAGCUGCCGAGGGGACCCUGGGCACCCGAGCAUUCAGCACUCGCCCCCUCCCAGGCUGCAGCAGGAUACAGGGCUGGAGGCACCUGCCCUUGCUCCGCUCUCUGCCCUGCCCUUCCCCCUCCCUCCCAGUGCUGAGUGCCGGACUGCAAGCCCCCGGCACCUGUGGGUGCCGCCAGGGGGAGAGGCAGGCUGUGCCCUUCUGGGGAGUCCGUCUGUCCCUACCCCCAGCACUCCAAGACCUGGCCACCGACACUGACCCAGACUCCUUCCAAAGCCUCAUGGUGAAAUGCGUAGCAAGGGGGUCAGUUCCCCCUACCAGCACCUGCUAUUUCAGCAGGGCAAGAGCCCGCUGCAUGGGCACCUCACACACA